AUACACCACACCCUCCACUACACACUCGAAGUCGUCUCUCUUCCAACAAAAUGCAUUUCACCACUCUUGUUGCCUCUGUUACUGCUCUCGCGAUGAGCGUCUCUGCUGUUCCCUCUCCGGCUACUCCGGCAAAUACUCGCUAUGUUCAACUUCGCCUUUAUGGUGAACCUGGAUGCUCAGCACAGAAUCUUGGGGAACUCGGUGUUUACGGCGACUAUGUGAAUAGCUGUCAAAGCUUUGGUGAUAAUGAGGUUGAGUCUGUGAGCUUUGAGUAUGCUAUCAAUAACUGCACUGUGUCUGUUUACACUGGUGAUUCUUGCGAUGCUGGUGGACAGGCUGUUGCGCUGAACACCUGUCUAAGUGGAGACGAAGAGUUCCACAGCUACGAGGUUUUUUGCAGUUCUCUUUGA